AUAUUGGAAGCAGGAACAUUAAAGUACCAAAACAGCCGAAAGUUCCGUUCAAUCCGGUGUUUGAAGUUUAGUCAUUUCAUCCGUUAAUUAAGCCACAUUAUUUUCACUCUCGGUGUUGAAGUCUACACGGUGAAGGCUCGGCACAGAUGCGGAGAUUCGACGGUGUUUACCGAGGUUACGGACACACACCGUCCAAUGACAGACCCCUGACCCUGACCACUGAGGACAGCUGGACGAGAGGAAAAGCAGCACAUGGAGUAAUUAAGAGUCACAUAAACCUCCGUUAAGUUUUUCAUUAAUUAAAAUGAAUGCUCUUUUUUCUAUUUCUCUUGCCCCUUCAGUCUGAACUCUGAGUGAGGACGAGGUGCGUUCACUGACCAGCACAGAAAAUGGGUCUAUUUUGUUACAAUUUGUUAAGGAGCACUCAUCUGUGCUUUCGCUCUGCACACCUGGUACAAAACCUUAACCUGAGCAAGACUCUCAUAAGAUGCAACAAAAACACGGACCCUCUCCACCUCAGAGCUGCCUCACCUGCCUCAUUAUUUCUCAAUGGGAGGACAGUGUUGUUCCGGUUUAGAUCCAGAACCACCUCCCUGCUGGACCCUGGUCCUGUACUGACACGGUGCGGACUCCACUUCCACACCUCGGCCCCGGUGAGGGCUCUGCCGGGGCCCCUCUUGUGGAUGGUGCUCAAACCUCUGCAGAAGCUCGUUGCUAUAGUCCUUGGCAGGUGGGACACACACACACACACACACACACACACACACACACACACACACACACACACACACACACACACACACACACGUACAGUAGAAAGGCUCAUCACGCACAAUACAAAUUUACACCUGUUUUUAAAAAUUUGAUGAAACUACAAAGAUAAUUGCACAUAAUUGUUGUUCAAUAAAAUGUACUCUACAUGAAAAUAUGUGUUUUGUGUAAUUCAACUUUCAGUUUAAUAAGUUCCUAAAUUCCUGAAUGUUGAUGUUUUUAAAAAGGGGCUUAAGACUCAUCUUUUUAACCCGGCUUUGCCUUGUUAUAUUUCUCUUAUUGCAAAUGUUCAUUUUAAUCAAAGUUCUAAUUGUUUAUUUUAUGUCAUUUUAUUAAUUAUCUCGUUCUUAGUCUUUUUCUUAAUUCCUGUCUUAGAGGUUUUUACUUCUUUUACCCCUUUUACCUUGUAAAGAGCUCUUACUUAUCUGUUCAUUUAAUAUUAUUUUCUUGUUUUAGUCCAUCAGGUUUUACUUUUUCUCUUCUACCAUUUUUAUUUUAUCUCCAGUGUUUCCCAAAGGUAGCUCUUUCCUCGCGUAAUGUCUCGGUGUCAAGCCAUGUCUCUUUAACAUUAUAUCUUAAAUUCUCACACUGUGUGCGGUUGUGUUUGUGUAUGUAUGUGUGGGUGAGUGAGUGAGGGUGGGUGUGUGUCUUUGUGUGUGUGUGGGUCCAUGGGUGGGUGUGUGGGCGGGAGGGUCGGGUUUUAUUGUUGUUAAUUGUUGUUUUGUCGACAUAAUUGUUUUUUUAAAUAACACAAAAAACUAUUGCCAUGUUAAUGAUGAUUAAUUAGUUUUUUAAUUGACAGAUAAAAUACCCAAUAUUAUUACCGUAAUGUGUGUAAUGUGUGUAAUGUGUGUGCAUGUGUAGAGUUUUUCCUGAGCAGUAGUCUACCCUCAUUUGUGUGCAGGAGUAUAAGGAAGUGGUGGGUGGAUCUUCCAGCAAACCGCCAGCAGCUUUUGCGGGAGUGGGUACGGCAACGGCGGUGGCACCUUGCCGCAGGUGCAGGUGUUACCAUGGUUAUAGUGGUCCUCCUUCUCCUGACCCACCUGGACGAGUCUCCGAUUACUGGUCGCACUCGCCUCCUGGUGUUCAGCAAAGACAAGUUCAUGGAGCUGGCUGCUCUGACGUCAAGGACGGUAAGCGAGGGAAAAGAGGGAAAGAAUUGGUCGUCAUCUUCUUUAUACUUUCUCAAAACUCUGAGAUUAAAAAAAAAAAAAAUUACAAUCCCUUAAAUGCAUGUGUGUAUGUGUUUUUUCUUCCAGUACAAGGAGGAGUUUGCAGAGCUGAUGCUCCCGGUCUCUGAUGCCCGUCACCAGGUGGUGGAGCAGGUGGUGCAGCACCUGGCUCAGAGGAACAAGGACAUCCCAGAGGUGACUGAUGUCAACUGGAGUGUCCACGUGGUGCAGAGUCCCGAAAUCAACGCCUUCGUCCUCCCUGUCAGUCACAGAGACACACACACACACACACACACACAUCUGUCAUUUCAUAUUAUCAGGUUACAGCAUCUUGAGAGGGAGGAUGGUUCAGUUUGACAGCAAACAGUGUUAAAACUAUCAAAUAGUGAUUUUUUAGAUUUUAACUGUAGUCUGCUGUAGACAGUUUCCGAUCACAUAAACUGACUCAGAACUUAAAGAAUAGAUAAAUUAGAUGUAUAUCCUUCAGUCAAAGCGCUGUACUUAAAACAUGUGGGUAACUGUCAAAGGUAGUGAUUCACAGUUGGUUUGCUUUUGUGCUCAUCUGUAGACGUCCUCAUGGCUCAUAUUUGUUUUUUGGUUUUUUUUUUCUGUAGGAUGGGAAGGUGUUCAUGUUCACGGGGAUGUUGGAUGUUGUCACUGAUAUUCACCAGCUCACCAUCGUCCUGGGACACGAGAUGGCACACGCUUUGCUGGGACACUCUGUGAGUACAAACCUCCUGCAGAGUGUAGAAAUGAAUUUUUCCACGACUUUAUUUCCUGUGGAGUGAAGCAUUUUCAUCAGUAAGAACAGGAGUAACCACCCCCCUGCUUUACCUCCACAAAAAGUUAGAGGAUUGUUUCAUAGGGUUUUUGAAAACUUGCAGAAAACAGACUUUUUGGCGAACAAAAGUUAAUGAUAUUCAAGCAUUUAAGUGAACACCUCCAUUGAAGAAAAUGUUAGGAAAGGUUAACCAGAUUUCUGCAGGAAUAUUUCUGAUAACAUUUCUGUUUUCACUCAGCUCUCCUUCUCUGUGCUAUGCUGCUUUCACACCUUUAAACAAGAAUGAGGAAGAUGUUACAGUUUUUCACACCACUGCUGUUAUCACCACUGUUUAUAGUUUAAUUAAAGCUCCUGUAAGGAACUUUCACUUUGUGUCAGUUUUUUUGGCACCCCUGUGGACAAAGUAGUCUUUAUUUUGAAUGCUUAAAUUCAGUUCUUGCUUCUUGCACAAAUUGGGUCAUAGAUAUGACUGUGCUGUUUUUAUCUGACAGAUAUCAAGGGCCUUGCAAACUUGUAAAUACCUUAAAGAGACAUUCCAGUGUAAAAUUAAGUUAGGGUCAAACACACCGUAACACAGGGUUAGACAACCCCUCAAGAGAUCAAUGUUGCCGACUGCUUGCUUCUCUAACAACCACAAGAUAACUAGCCAUCAAACAUCUUUUUAGCUUUGCCUGUUUUUUUUUAGCAAAGAGACUAAACACAACUCACCUACUUUCUUCCAGCAGACGUUUGUCUGUUGGGGAAGCCCUGACGAGUCAAUCAGCGAGUGCAGUGGAGUUUCGCAGCUCACGGAGGAACACUUAUGAUCAUUACUUUAUAGAAAUCCAAUCAGACCGAGAUGCUAGGCAGAGGAACUACCGCGUCUGUAGUGCAAAAUGAUUGUAAAGAUGAUUAUUACUUCAUGGAAAUGAUCCACUGCACUCGGUGAUUGACUCAUCAGGGCUCCCCCACAAACAAGCGGCUGCUUGGAGAGAGUGGGUGAUUUGUGUUAUGUCUAUUUGCUAAAGUAAUCAGGCAAAGCUAAAAAGAUGUUUGGUGGCUAGUGCUAUGGCUGGGACCCUAUAUGUACUGUUGAUGAAGUUAGGUGCUGUUCUGAGCAUUAUUUGUGGAUAUAGAGUGGCUUUUUGGUUGAGGUGUGAGCAUGGAUCCAUAGACCGCUGUGUAUUGCUAUGGUGCGGUCGUUACUAAAGUUGGUAUAACUGGAUAAGCAAGCAGUCGGCAACAUUCUUCUCUUGAGGGGGUGUCUUACUCAGUUUUACGGUGUGUUUGACCCUAACUUAAUUUUACGCCGGAAUAUCCCUUUAACUUCCCCUCAGGAGAAAUAAAGCAACUGUCCAUUGAUUGGUCAAAACAUGUUGAUAGGCUGUAUGACAUCAAGUAAGCAAGUCGGGCUCCGAAUUCUCCCAAGUUGUUAUUCAGAUAUGAUCAGGAAUUUGCAUGCAUUUUCCAACUCAGAAACUCAUUUUUCGGAUGUAUUUGACACCACAUGAAUGCAGCGCUGAUUGUUUUUAUGGAGGUUUGACCAAUCAGAAUCAAGUAUUUAACACAGCCUGAUACCAACUGAUAGUAAACUCAAAUCAGCUUUUUAUGGACAGGAUGGACAAAUGCUGCAGGAACACAAUCUUUCCACAUUGUGAUCGUUAAAUGACGGCAGGAUUGAAUUUUUGGUGUUCAACAUUAUUUACAUGUUCAAUCAGAAUAAAAAACAACAUGAAGCACAUUAAAAACUCACAUUUUGUUCUUAAAGCAAGAAACACUAACAAGAAGUGUCACCAGUCUGUUAAUUUAAGGAGUCAAAUCAUUUCAAUUUUUCUCUGAGUAUUUCAAAACACAGGUGUGUUUGAUUCAGGAAACAUGGAAGUGUUUGUCUGUGUGAAGGAUGUAGACUGAUGAGAGCAGCUGCAGAGACCCCAGAGCUCUGAGCUGCAGAGCUGCAGACGUUUGUGUGCAGCAGGAUGAGUCACUGCAACACUCUGAGAAGAAAUACUGUUUAAAAGCAAAGUUUAGUCAUUCAGACACACACACAAAGACACACUUACACACACAGACACACAGCAGGAGCUAAAGCUGUAAGUGUUCAGGUCUCUCACAGCAGGAUGUGAAUAUUCAUGUGGUCCUGCUGUAUGUGUGUGAUACACUGCGACUCUCUAUCCUCGCUGCGCUCACCUCUGAAGCCGGUCAGUAAGUUUCAGUGUUGUUGCAUCAUCUGCUCUCUGAUCCUUUUGUGCUGUGAUGACCAAAGUCCUGCAGACCUGUUUGUUCUUCCCUCACACCUGUUUCCUCUCUGAACCACAUCUUCCUCCUCCUUCUUCUGAGUGUGUGUAAUGAAGCAGAGGUAUUUCAGACUCUAAACGUCCUCGGAGGAAAUGCUCAAAGGAGGUUUUAAUUAGUUUUGGAGAAUGAAAAUCGAUGGUUCGGUAGGUGUUCUCAGCAGGAUCGUCUGUUAAACCUCUAAAUCUGUUACAGCGAUGAACUUCCUCCAGGAUAGAUGGGAACGAUCGAUACGUUCCACCUGACUCGCUCACCUCCCACAAACUUUUUACCUCCAUUUUCUCUCCACUUCCUAUUAUCCUCUCUUCCUCCCUCUAACCUUUUCUCCUCCCUGUCAUCCCUCCAUCUCUUCAGGCAGAAGAGGCCAGUCUGUCCCAUGUUGUCGACCUCCUGUCCUUGAUUCUGUUGACAGCCAUCUGGGCCAUGUGUCCUCAGGACAGCCUGGCUCUGCUGGGACAGUGGGUCCAGGGCAAACUCUCCCAAGUGAGUCCCACACCUGAGCACCAGCCCAGCAACUUCAGCUGAACUGAAGGGACAUUGAGAUGAUGAUUCUUAAUAUCAUGACAUGUGAAAGAAUUGACAGUUGUCAGUGUUUCUGCAGAUCUGGUGAACUGAAGGAGACUGUCUCUGUAUCUCUGAGUUUAUACCAUCUCCUAAACUUUUGUCUCUCUCAGCUGAUGUUCCAUCGUCCUUACAGCAGGAAACUGGAGACUGAGGCAGAUGAAGUCGGACUGCAGUUGGCUGCAAAGGUAUUUUCUCCUUAAAAGUGUCAUUACUCUGGAUUUUGAAGGUUUUCUUUGACCUUAUCCAUAAAUAAAACCGACUUUAAAGAGCCAAUACAGAGGACAUUAAAAUGUCAUUUUACCUGAUUUGUGAGACUUGUUUGAAUUUAUUUGAGGUGUGAAUUUUUAGGCAAAGCAUGCUGAAAAAAUAUGUGAAGGAUUUUUGCAUGUAGACAAUGUAAAAAGCUGCAGGUUUCCUCCUAAUCCCCCCAUGCUGUAAUACUGGACAGGAUGAAUGUGGUUUGGGUUAUUUGUGCAUAAACAGAAUCUCCAUCCAUCCAUCCAUACAUACAUACCUAUAUCUAUACCCUUUUGUAUAUAAAUGCAUAAACAGCCCAAAGAGUGUUUUCCCUGUAUUAUGAUGGUCCAGAGGACACUUUCCUCUGUGCAGGAACAGAGCUGUUUAAAUGUGAUAAACUUCCAAACACUAGUGAAGCUGAGGCUCUAGUAUUUCUGGAGUUUGAUCCAUCAGGGUAAAUCAGGUUAUUUCAGUCUCUAAUGCUUCUGUUGUUACUUCAGUCCCUCCCUCUUUUCACCCACACCUCUUUCAAAGUGCUGCGCUUCCAUUUCAACACAGUUCGGGUAACCAUAUUCUGAAUCCCCCAAAAAAGAGGACACAACUACGUGUGGUGGAGUCACAGAGUCAUGUGUAGUAAAUUUUGAGAGGUUUUUUGGGUUGGGUCGAGUGUUUUUUUACGCGCUUCUAGCUCAGUAAGUCCAUGCAACACAAACGCAAAACUUCCAAACAAAACCCCAGACAUUUGGAGGGUUUUAUAAACUCCCCCGGACAGGCUGGACAGCUCCAAAAAAAAGGGGACAUGUUUGGGUAAAAGAGGACGUAUGGUCACCCUUACACAAUGAAACAAAAUAAUGUUAAAGGUGUGUUUUGAGUAUCAUCUGACACGACAAAAGACUCACAUAAAAGUGUUUACCUCUGUUAGGACCUCAGUAAUUUUGAUGUCAAAAGCAUCAAAAGCCAAAUUAAAGCCUACUUCUGUGAGUGUAGCAGUGGGAGCUUGUAAACUGCCUGCAGGACACCAGGGGGCACUGUUGUCAAAGUAAAGUUAACUCAAAGAACGCGUCAGGGAGGAUUUUUGCCUCAGCACAGGAUGGAGGGAUACCACGCUGUUUCUGUUAGUGUGUACAUGUGUGUUUCUGACUCCAUGCUGUGUGUGCCUGUGUGUGUCCAGGCGUGUGCAGAUGUGCGAGCCGGCCCCGUUUUUUGGCAGCAAAUGGAAAUCAGAGAGCAGCUGACAGGAGAACCCACCCUCCCUGAGUGGCUGUCCACACACCCGUCACACAGGAACAGGUUCACUCAGCUGGACCGCCUCAUACCCCAGGUACACACACUCACACACUCUCUCUCACACACACACACAGAAUGGUCACUAUGUUUGAGCUCUGUAAAAACACAGCUGUGUUAGUGUACAGUCUCUGAUCUCUUUGCGAGGACACAGACGCUCACCCGCCUGUUGUUCAGCAGAAGGAGAGCAGCUUUAGGAGUCUUAAUGGAACUAAUGAAGCAUCAGGAGAGAUGGAAACAGAGGAGGAAACAAGAGGAGGGCAGGGAGGAAGAGGAGAGGAAAAGAUGCAGGGUUUUAGAAACACAGGAACAACAGAGUGUCUCAGAGGGAGUCUCUGCUAACUGCUAACUACCCCAAACUGUGACUAAAGGUGCUGAAAGAAAACUGCAGCAGAUUAAACACAGACACUCACACUGCUGUAAGACAGUGACAUGUUUUUUUUUUUAACUUUAUUUUUUCAAGUUUUUUUGCACAAAACAUGGGUAAACAACAGCAAUAACAGAAAAAGGAAAAAACAGAAAAUAAACAUGCACACAUAUGCCAGUGUACCUGAGCACAUAUGGGCCCGUAUUCACUUUCGCCCACAUGUCCAAAUAAUCGUAGACAGAUCAAUCGAUACAUAAUUGGAGUUUUAUGUUUUUAAACCUGGGAUCCAUUAUUGCCGUAUGUUUUAGGGGUUGAACUAUCAAGGAUGCAUAACUGUUUAUUAUAGUUAUUGUAUGAUCCUGCACACUGUAAUAUCUAACCAAAUCCUUGAUGGAUCCAAGUGUGAGAGUAAAAGUUGUAGUUUUUGUCUCUGACAGGGAUCUCUACAGAGUGAGAGCUUUUAAUUACAGAGAAUGAGGAUUUCUGUACAAAAAACAGUGCUUCUAGUGGAAUAAACACAGGAGUUGCUGAUCUACCACUGUGUGGAUCUCAUAGUUUAUUCAAGUUGUUUCAUGACUUUGAUGUCCUUUAUAAUUUGAUGAUCUUCUUCUGUAUCAAAAAAGCUCUCUGUCUGCAGGAAUGUCUUGUGUAAAGUUGACACUCUUCAAGUAACAACCUGAGCCUGAGGGACCAAAACAAGAACUUUUAGUGGACACACUUUGACAUGUCAAGGUUUAUUGUUGCAGACAUUAUGGCCUGAGUGUCUGCUGCAGGAUCAGCUGAACUACUGCAGACACUCAGAAACUUCUUGGCCCUUAUUGUUAACGGUAUGUGUCCACUAAGUGAGUGUAGUGUGAGCUCAGGCAGGACAGGAAAGUCAAGCCCGGGUCACGGUACAUCAGUUGAUUGUCCCACCAGCCCGUAUCAGCUGACAGCUCAGCUGAUAACCCUGCUCACACGUGAACACGUUUUUGUUGUAUUUAAGUCUUCACCUUGUCUCCUCCUGCUGCUUCCUCUGCAAACCCUCCUCCACCCUUGUUCUCCUUGUUCUUACACUGUGUCUGAUUUUAUCAGAGUCAUAUUGUCUCUGAGGUUGGCUCUGUUCUGUGCUGGGGGUUUUUCUGAUGCUUUCCCUGCCCUGGCUUUUCAUGUCUGCCCAUGAAACAGAGGGAAGGUUCUCACUCUGCUGCAGGCUUUGGCAUUUCACAUAAACACAUGGAAGGGUAGGGAGCUCUCAACAAUUAUUACCACCAAUUAUAACAAAUACAUGCAAGUCAUUAAUUCUUUUGAUGGAAGCAGUCCUGACUCAGUUUGACUUUAUUUUUGUUUGCCUUGCGCAUAAUUUGAGCCUUUAAAACGUGAGUGCGGUGCAGUGUGCAGGAAUAGAGAAACCAGUUAAAGCAAUAAAAAGAGGGUUUUCUUUGGUUUGGUUUGUUUUUUUUGCUGCAGACUGUAAACAUGUUUAAAUCUGCUGUUAAGUUGGACAUUCUAACAUGGGACCUUCCCAGGCUCUUGUAGACAGCCUCAAAAGGUCACUAGAAAAACUGCAGGUUUUACACUUGAUUUUGUAUCAGCUGAUAUUGCUGCCUGGUAACAGCCUGCUGCUGACUGAAUCAAUCUGCUGGACCAUUUCCACAAUGUUGUAUACCUACGUAUACCAGCUAUUUAAAUACAGAUAAUAUGUAAAAAACAAACAAACAAACAAACAAACAGACAAACAAAAAUAAGCUCAGGCAUAAGAUAAAUGGAAUCCACAGUUUGUGUCAUGUGUCGUGUGUGUGUGUGUGUGCGUGUGUUUGUGUGUGUGUGUGUGUGUGUGUGUGUGUGUGUGUGUGGAGAAACAGCCAGCUUAACCUUGAGAGUGAGCCAGAUUGUUGUUACACAGUCAGAGACUCUGAGCAGGAUUCAGGAACAGAUGGGUAAACCACUAAUUGUCCAUCAGGUGUCAUUGAGUGUGUAGGUGCUCUGUGCAUGUAUGUGUGUGUUUGUGUUUGUGCAUGCUUGUGUUGUGUUUCUGUGCAUCAUAUCAUAACCCUUCUAGCAGUAGUCGCUGUCAGAUCAAGCAGCAGCCAUUGGUCGUAAAGUGAUGUGGACUGUUGUUUGGGGAUUCACUUGCCUACUUCCUGUGUGUGUGUUUUUUGUUUAUUUGUGUGUGUGUGUGUGUGUGUGUGUGUGUGUACAGUAAAGACUCUCUCUCUGAACAGUUUGCUGAAGCAGCCCAUACCAGGCGGAUCCCCGCUCGCUCUGCAGGCUGAGAUGAUGCAUAAUGUGAUGUUUUUAACCUUGUGCGGGGUGACAGCAUCGAGCUACUUAACCCGGCUCUUGUGAGGGCGAUCCGCCUCCACGAGAGCGCUCAUCAUCCUCAAGCAAAGCACAUUAAGUCCACUGCUAGCAUGAGAGGGGGAGCCUGUUGAGUGGGAAGCCAAGUGCAUGUGCGUGCACCGAGUCUUGUAGGUGAUUUUAAGUGAGCGAUUAAUGAGUUUGGUGUGUGCGGGAGACUCGGUGUGUGUGGGAGAAAGACAGAAAGACAGACAGACAGACAGAGAGCAGCUCACACAACCUGCACAAAGUGGCUCAAAUAUUUACAGUCAGCUGCAGACUGGAAUAUCUUAACACCUGCUGAAUAGAUUAAAACUUUGCAAAAGUAUUUCUAUUUUCUUGAACAUCAGGCACAUGGGUUGAUGCUUCUCUGACCUUUCCUCCAGGCGUAUGUUUGAUGUACGAUGAUCAGAUAUCUGCAAAGCUAAUAGUGUUCUUGUUUCUGAGAUGAUCCUGUUCCAGAGUUGAGACGUCUUUCCUUGGACUUCUGUUUCUCUGUAGGCUUUCUGCUACAAUUAUAAAGUUGUAGUUGUACAUCUUCUGCACGUCGCCUCUGCACAUGUUCAGUUUGUGAGACAUUUUGGUUGCGUGUAGGAGCAGAAGCCAAAGUUUUUUACGUCUGAGGUUAGGAUUAGACACAUCUAGUCUACUCAUUUUAAAAUCAUGACAGGUUUGAGCAUAAAGGGUUUAUAAAUGGGUGUGAGCAGAGAGCUGAAAACAAGAUAAUACAUUAUGUCAUUAAACUUUAACACAACACAGGGUGCCACUGGCCUAGCAGUCCACGCAUAAGCAGUCCACGCAAAUGCCCUGUGUGUAGGGGUUAUGUCUUAAACAGGAGGCUGAGGUUCACUACAGGCCUGUGGCUCCUUUUCCACAAGUCACUUCCCACUCUCUCUGCUCUUUUUCUGCUCUUUCCACUGUCCUGUGUAUGUACGUUCACACAUGCAGCCCUCCUGGAAAUUUUCAGGAAUGCAGAGGAUGUGUUGAAUGAGCUAAAGCUUCUAAAAAUCAAGCAAACAUUUCAGUUUGACCAGCAUUUUUUUUCUGCAAGAUUUGAUGCAUAUUUGUCGAGUUAUGAACUACAUUUUCUCUGACUGCCAAGAUAGUUUUUCAGAGGCAGCACUUGGAUGAUUUUUUUUCCGCUGUAAACUCAGAUUUACUGUUAUUCCAACACUAAAGAAAAGGAGUAUGAGGUUUUUUGCCCCUGCAGCAUGCCUGCAGACCGUGCUGUUGUUUUAUUUCUCUGUCUUUACACCAGUGCAUCUGUUUAUUUCUUUGUCUUUGUUUCUCUGCUUUUAAGAAAGUGAUGUACCCGCUUUAAAACAAAACCUGAUGUCUGGGUCUUUCCCCUGCAAACAAAACCAGAAGAGAUUUAAAAAAAAAAAAGAAAAUAAAUCAGAGGGUGUAUCGUAUCAUCUCUGUAUCUAUUGUAAGUGAGAGUUUGUAUUUUUGAUCAAUGUGACAUGUUUACCUGAAUAUACACCUGGUUCCUCUGUCUGCUUCUCUUUGUGGGUCCAGGCUCUGGAGCUGAGAGAAAGCUGCGUCUGUCCUGCUCUUCCUCCCACUGACCCUCGAGCUGUUUUCUCUCAGAGCGUCCGAGUGCUGCUGGAAGACACCAAAAACAAGGAAAGAGGAGUAGGAGAAGAAGGAGGGCUCGAGGGGCCACGAAAACCUCACCGUCCCCCUCUGCCUCAAAUCCCGGCCUCACCUCUCCCCUCUGCAGCUCUGCUCACACAAACUGCCCCCCUUCUUUCAUCAAAAGAGAGUCAGGGAAGUAAAGUUUCAGAGUUGGCUGUUCCUGCUGCUGCUGCUGAGGGGGGAACGCCUGUGUCAGAGGAGCGGAGCACCAGCUGACAGGGUUGAAUCUGAGGAGAAAUAAACUGUUCAACUGUUUACUUACUGAACUCCUCACUGUUGCUAGAGGAGUAUUUUAUCUCUUAGAUUUUAGAGUGUUUGCUGCACAGAGAUUAACCUGCAACUACAGAUUGUUGUCAUCAUCAAUUAUUCUGAACAUCAUUUUAAGAUUUAUCAAGUAGCUGUUUAUAAAAUAUCUGAAAGUGCUUGUCAAGUUUUAAUCUCCGAGUCUAUUUACUGUCAGUAAUUAAGGUAUUGAUUUGACUUUAUUCAAUGGGGACAAUUGGAUUUCUCAGAGUUCCAACGUAGAGCUAAAGCUAGCCUGUUGCUCUUGCUCUUUUUUUAAACAUUUGCCCGUACUUGGGCAUUAACAUGAGCAGCAUAUUCACAUGUUCAGGGCCUGAUUAACUAAAGGAUUGUGCAGAUUGUGCCCCUUAAAAUGAGGACAAAUUUACAAAGCACAUGCAAGGGGUUAAAUGCGCUCUAAUCUGUUCUGCAGAAUAAAAAGUCAGUGCAUCAGUGCUGUUUGCACACAUUUAGAUGAGUGGUUAUACAUUCAAUUAAACAAACAAAACUGAUCACUUUUAAACAAACUUUACUGAAAAAACUUCUCAUUCACAAUCCUCACGCUAAGUAAGAGUGACACAUUCACUUUGGCUCAACACUUGCACAUACAGGUACACCAUAUCCAGCUGGACUUGGCCAUUACAUGAGACAGAGAUAUGAUUUUUUUUAUUUGGAUGAGUUGACCUCACUGGCCUGCAUAUGAGCUUUCAUUUAAGUCACAUUUUUCAUGAAUCAGUUUCACAAUACACUAAGAAAUACUCCAUCCCUAUGCAGCUUGUAUUUUGUGUGCAACAGGUAUGUAACAGGUUUGAGCCCCUGACAGGAUGAAAGUGCACAGCUCAGCUCUGUGCAGCAGGGAGAUGAGAUGACGACAGCUCAUCCCCACAUUCAGACACAACACAAGAGUAUACUGCACAGAGCUGCAAGGCUGUGCAGACCUUUUGUGCUUGGGUAAUAUUAAGAUGAUGUGCUUUGUGAAUUGGACCUUGAGCUGGAGCAGAAAAGGUUCAAACGAUGCACAAUCCUUUAUGAAUCUACCGCUCAGUGUUAAGUUAUUAUAAACCCACUUUCAACAGAAAGAAAAAAGGAGAAAUUCAUUAAAUGUUUGGAGCUUGAAGCAGCAAAUGUGGCUCAUUUUUCGUGUAAAAGCCUUCAGUGAUAAUCAAGGUCUCUCAGUCAACUUUCUGUAGUUGACUUUCAUCUUCUUACUCACGGUUGCAGUUACAUGCAGGGUCUGUCUUUUUCACUGUGUUGGUGACUCAAACUGGUUUUUGGCACAUAAGUGGGUAAAACUGGGGGUAAAAAAAACUGCUUACGUAAUUUAAAUGGAAAAUCCAGCAGAAAAUGAAAUCAGGGUCUGCUUCAUCCUGUGAGAGAGUCUGUAUGCUCAGUGAUGACAAAGUCGGCACUUUAAUUAGAUGUCCUGUAAUGAGGAAUGAACCUUAAAGCCUCCAUACAGUGUGAGAUGAAUAUGUGCAUUAUUCAUGGACACACAGAAACAGACCAGAGUAAGCACUUUGUGUGCAUGUUAGCCUCGGAGGACUUCUACAUUCUUAUUAUGACUGCUUCACACACAUAUAUGCAUGCAGCGCUCUAUGUUUGCUGCAGCCUCAGGGACUUAAUGGUGUAAAUUUAUGCUCGGUUGUUUGCAGGUUUUAAAACACAGACAUCUGCACAGGAAUGCCAAAUAUCCAGCGUCAAGCUCUGAGAAAUCUUCCCUGGGAUUUUCUAAAAUCUUCUUUAACAAGGCGAGCUGACUGAGAAAACACUCGUAUUUACAACAACAGCCCGCAGGAGCACACACACAGUGAGAAGGAGGAGGCCGCCAUGGUUCAUAUCGCUCUAAUCUGUGAAUGUGUGCGUGCUGCAGCAGAGUGGUACACUUGGUUUAACUGUGAAAUCAAAAAAGGCUAUCGAUGUGUUUUCAUCUGUGAAUGAGGAUUUUAUGUGUGUUUUAGGUAAAGAGUCGGUAUCAGCCCACAGAACAUCAGUCUGAACUCUUUACGCUGGAUUUAAAACUUCUAGGUUAUUUAUUUCUUUGUUGCUGAUACACUGGACAAAAUCCAAAGAAAUGAGAUUGAUGAAAAAGUCAAAUUAUAAAUGAAUUAAAAAAAAAUCAAGCUGACUGGUCUUCUCUUUCGUUGCGUAAGUAAAAACAUCUUCAUAUUUGAGGGUCAGAAUCAUUUCAGCCAGCUUCAUGUGACAGCCUUUUGACAUGCGAGCAGUGGACUUUCUGAGAUAUAGUUCCCUUUUCCUGAGUUAUGCUGCUUUGAACCAAUGCAGUCUACAGACUAAAGGUGUCCCAGUGCAUCUUGUAGCACUUGGGGGUACACUGGUUUUGUAUGAAAAGUGCUUUAUAAGUAAAGUUUGAUUGAUUGAUUGGUGGAUAGACAUCUUCUUCAGGAUCAAUCGGACUUACCCCUGAAUGUUGGUACUUAUUGUACAUUACAAGAGUAGCUCUUAACAGCAUACACUGUCUGUACUUGAUUUUGAGGGCAGGUGGUUAAAAUAAAACAGCUUAUUAAAAA